GAGAGAUUAUUACAAAAUUUCAUUAGAAAUUAAAGCAUUCCUAAUGUUGUCUAUAUCUCUGCCAUUCGAAAUGAUAUUAUUUCGGUAAAAAUUACGACUGAUUACGUUUAGAUAUCUUUCAUCUGCCUGUGCUAUUGUUGACUGCCUACACCAGAUUGAUUUGUCAAAUAGAAACAAUCAACCAUCCUUCAAUCUUACGUUCCUAUUGCCUGUGCUUAGAUCUAGAUCAGAACCCCUAUUGAUCAUUUCAGUAGGUUCUUAACUCCGUAUCUUUUGUGUCAAAAAAGCUUCAAGCAAUUCUAAAUUAGUCCGUUGUAACAAUCCAAUCAAUCUCAUUAUAAUAUUGCGAGCUUCUCGUUAGAUCUUUGUGAGAUCUCAAACAAAACGAGCAAAAAAUUAAUUAUAUCGCAAGCCACAAUAAUGAAAUUCAUGAAAAACGAACAUAGUGUUGUUGUUGGUGUUGCUAUGUAUGAAUCAAAUAAGAUCAAAAUCAUAAAACGUAAUUUACGGUUGAACUCUUGAUACACAUAUACACAUUUUAUUAGAGUGUUGUUGCUGCUGAUUGCAUUAGUGGAAUUCAAAUGCAGACCUGAACUUUAUGCUCCAUGAAAUUGCCUUUAAUUUAACGAGUUAUCAACAAAAUAUCUUAACUGUUUCACCUCUGAGUCGAAGUAUUUUGAAAAUGCUGGCUUUUAAUUGUUGCUUUUAAUUUUAUGAAUUGUUUAUCCUUCAUAGUUUUAAUUUACCUCGCUCGUUUCUCUUAAUUUCGGCUUUGGAAAGUGGGGGAUCAUCUUCAAUUUUUCUUGCUACAGUUUCUUCAAAGGAUUAGUUCCAUCAAUUGAGUUUUAAAGUUCAGUCAGAUCAGAGGGUUAAAAUAGAUAAGCAAAAACAUGAAGGAGUUAAUUAUUUUUUGUUCAUUGUUCAUAGUAAUACAUUGUAGUGAAACCUUAAAUGACACUGUGAAAAGCACAACAUCGGAUGUUGUAGUUGAAAGUGAUCCUCAGCCUCUUGUUGAAUUAAGUAAACUUAAAAAUAGUACAAAAGAUGCAGCUGAAAGAAUUAUAAAGUUAUUUACCAAAGAACAAACUCCAGUAACAACAGAAAAGCCAUUUGAGUUCACAGAACAUCCAUUGUUUGAUUCAUUCAAUCAAUAUCUUCGUCCAUAUAGUAUUUUUGGAUUACACAAGUCACCUGAGAGACCAAUAAUUAGGAAUUCUGAGGAGCGUCUUUGUACAUGCAGAACAGAAUAUUCUAUCCCAAGUUUCUCAAGCUUCAUUCCAUCAUCACCAUCUUCAUCGUCAUCAUCAUCAGAUUUCAAUUUUAACAGUCGAGAUAUUCCAACAUUUGAAGUAGUUUAUCCAUCUAAAGAAUAUUCAUCAUUCUUAAACACGGUCGAAUCACCUUCCUCAAAUCGAGAGAUUAUUAAUCAAUAUCCACCCAUAGACUUUAAAGAUUUAUGGAAAUAUCAAGACUCUAGUGUACAAUCAAUCGACAAAAAAUGAUAAUUUGUUCAUUUUGUAAUAUCAUUUUUAAUUUUUUACGAUUUUUACCUACUUCUUUAAUGACUUUUUGUGCUACCAGCAUUUUUGCUCUUUUAUAUUCACCAUAACUUUAUUCAUUGCUAAACUUUUUCGUUUCC